AUGCCCCCUAUGGCCCCUUUGUGGUCCGUCAGACCAGCUCUACUAGGUGUGGGCAGGAUAUGCUCCGUAACCUCUCCUGUGUCGCUCAUCUAGAAUUAGCCGUGUAGAUUUAGCCUUUAGCAUCGAUGUUCAGGUCUCUCUGACAAAACCCUCCAAAUUUUCUACGCAUGCACACACACAACCACACACACCUCAUGUUUCUUUAGCAGUCUGGGUGUUGUGCAGGCAAAGAGAAUCAACGCUGGCAGAGACGACCUGUGUGCGGCUACAUGUGUGACCGUUUACUCACGGCUUCCCACACAGCCUUAGCUAGCGGCUAGUUCUAUUAGGCGGACUUUCAUCACUCUUUUCGCCCUCGUUUAUAUUUUUCAAUAAGCUAAGGAUUUAACUUUUUGUGUACUUGUUAAAAAGGACAACCUCAAAGACACUUCCUUUAGCCAUUUUUGAUAACUCCAAAUAAGCUUCGUUUUUUAAAAUUUUAGUUGGAUCUCAUAAAUCACGAUGUGGGAGUUCCGCUCUAUGAUGUUCUGGCGGGCGGUGUUCGCCGAGUUUUUCGGCACCAUGUUCUUCGUGUUCUUCGGGAUGGGCGCAGCGCUACGCUGGACCUCCGGGCCGUACCAUGUCUUCCACACUGCCCUCUGCUUCGGUUUUGCUGCUGCCACUCUCAUCCAAUCUAUCGGCCACAUCAGCGGUGGACACAUCAAUCCAGCCGUCACCUUCGCCUACUUAGUCGGCUCUCAGAUGUCCUUUUCCCGAGCUUUCUUCUACAUCUGCGCUCAGUGCCUGGGGGCCAUGGCAGGAGCCGCGGCCCUUUAUGGAGUUACACCCAACAACAUGAGAGGCACAUUGGCACUUAACACGCUGCAGCCCGGCAUGAGUCUCGGCAUGGCGACUACAGUGGAGGUGUUUCUCACCUUGCAGUUGGUGGUUUGCGUUUUCGCCGUCACAGAUGAGAGACGAAACGGCCGUCUGGGUUCUGCCGCUCUGUCCAUUGGCUUCUCUAUCACUAUGGGCCACCUGAUGGGGAUGUACUACACCGGAGCUGGCAUGAACCCAGCUAGAUCUUUCGCUCCUGCUGUCAUCAUGAGGAAUUUCAUCAACCACUGGGUGUACUGGGUGGGACCUAUGAUUGGUGGUGCUAUGGGUGCCAUCCUGUAUGAUUUCAUACUGUUUCCCCGUAUGCGGGAUCUCUCAGAGCGGCUAGCUACUCUCAAAGGCAGCCGACCCCCAGAGGCCGAGAAGCAGCAGGAGACCCGCGGGGAGCCCAUCGAGCUGAAGACUCAAACCCUAUAAACCUGCUAAGAACCUGUGGACCGAAAUCUGGCUCUACCUCACCGGACCAUCUCGUCGCCUCAAGCAACACUCAGUAUACCUCAGUUAAUAAACUCCCACACUGAGGGUCACACAUCCAUGCAAAAAUCAUUAAGGGAGCUGAAAUGAGUACAAUACUUUGUUUAGUAUUCAAGGUUUGUUGCUAAUUUCAAUGCAGGGCAGGGGGCAGAGCUGAGGCAGGGGUUCAGGUGGGUGUGGGUGGGGUUUAGGGUGUGGGAGGGGCUAGAGCUGUUUAUUUAGGCAUGCUUUUCACUUUUCAUCUGACUUCACUUUCACAAUUCAUUUUCAAUUUCGUUUUCUACAACACCAAGAUGUGGAUGUAUGCAUCA